AUGCAUCUCCCUCUUUACCUCUUCGCUGCGGACUGCACACUCUCAGAGAUCAACGUCUGCCCAUCUCUUGCGUUCUCUCUGCGCCACUCGGUUACUCGUGAAUAUCCGAGGCGUGAUUGCCAAGUGGCUACCAUUAGCGUGUCCCAGACCGCCGACUUCUCCCUGGAGGCUGAGGGCGGGAUCCCGUCCGAAACCAUGUCCAGAAUCAUCCUCAGCCAUCUGCAUUUCGAUCGAAUUGGAGUUACGUCAGUGUUUCCGAACGCCACAUCCGUAGUCGGCAUGGGAAGCGAGCACCUGCUGAAAGAUGGCUUCCCCGCCAACCCACAGUCGGACAUCCUACAAAACACCCUCCUCGAUUGCACGUGCUUUCUCGCUGAUGAGGACUUCAACAUGUCCAUCGGGCCCUUCCCGCGCGCGUUGGAUUACUUCGCUGACGGGAGCCUCUACCUGGUCGAUACGAUUGGCCACCUGGCCGGGCACGUCAACGUUCUCGUGCGCACCUCAGCGACUGGGUCGUGGAUCUACCUUGCGGUUGAUACGGCUGCGGAUGCUCACAGACGAGAAGCGUAUUGCAUUCAUGGUCGACUCGAGUGGCCAUAUGCACUGUGCGCAUGCGAAUAAGGAGCACGUGGAGGAGCACAUUAGCCGCGUAGGAUCAUUGAUGAAGGUGCCGUUCAUCACGUCGAUUGGUACAAUGCAAAUAAGAGUGGGCAGGUAUCUCUUCCAGGAACCAUUCCGCCGUUCGAGUGAAAGAGGACGUCGAGAGAAAGAUCUUGUCUCGUGGCAAGUCGGAUAAACAAACCGGG